AUGACCAAAGGUCACUUCCGAGACCACCUACCCGACUUGAGCCUCCCAAGGUUCACCACCAUGGCGAAGCAGAAUGCUCAUGAGUAUGCCCAAAAUUUCAAAGAAUCCGGUCAACCGCCAUGGUUAUUUGCACUUUACCAAUUCUGGCUCGAGCUUGCCAAAGAGCCGUUGAAAGGAGUCACAGAAAACGGAUCCAUUCGACCUGAUCUCUAUCGGUUAGAGGAGGAAGGGGUACCCAUCGAUGAUAUCGUAGGGGCUGCUACAACCUUACUCGAUCAUCUCUCGGACCAAAAUCGAAGGGUAGUCUCCUAUCACAUUGAUGCGCCAGAAUGGCGCACGUGGUCAAACCCGGAAUUUUUGCUGAGCCACAAGGGCCUACGGCUGGAUGAGGUCACUCCACAAAUCAGGGAUGACAUCCUGCUCAUCUUACGGCAAACUUUGUCGCCUGAAGGAUAUGCCAAAGCACUGGGUGCGAUGAGGAUCAAUCACUUUCUGGGUGAACUUGUCGGUGCACCAGGAGUGAUGAACGAAUAUUCAUACAACUUUGCCUUCUUCGGCACUCCCUCCUCCGUGUUGCCUUGGGGGUAUACCUUCUACGGUCACCACCUUUGCCUCAACAUUUUCUUGUAUCGGAGUCAAAUCGUUAUCGCCCCGUGGUUUACCGGAGCCGAACCCAAUUAUAUCGACCAAGGUCCGUAUCAGGGCACGCGAAUCCUGCAGGAUGAGGAGCGUCUGGGUUUGCAACUUAUGCAAAGUCUGCCGAAGCCCUUACAAGCAAAAGCCCAGACAUAUAAACAAUUGAGGGACCCCCGGAUGCCACAUGGCCGGUGGAAUCAUGAUGAUCAACGCCACCUCUGUGGAGCCUAUCGUGACAAUCGCGUGGUGCCCUACGAGGGUAUCCUCGUCUCCGAGAUGGACCCUGGUCAAGUCUCUCUCGUGCUCGCCAUCUUGGAACAAUAUCUCUUGUACUUGCCCGAGAAGUCACGGCAAAUACGGCUCAAUGAUGUCAAGAAUUUCCUCUCUGAGACGUACUUUUCGUGGAUAGGCGGCUUUACUGACACGGAUCCCUUUUAUUAUCGCAUCCAAAGUCCCGUCAUCCUCGUCGAGUUUGAUCACCAUUCAGGCGUGUUCCUGGACAACAGGGAACCCGCCAAGUUCCACAUUCAUACGUUGCUUCGAAUGCCGAAUGCAGGGGACUAUGGACACGCUCUUCGAAAACUAAUCCCAGGCAUGCGGCAGGAGUGGGUCUGGUCAGAUGAUUUGACGACCUCUUCAUGA